GUUCAGAGUUCACUGCCGGGGUCCUGACAGCGCGGAUGAGAAAGAGCUGCAUUCGCAGCAAAUAAUACCGUUUUUUUCUUACAUUCAAACCAACGUGACGAAUUGUAAACAUGUCUGGCAGAGAAGGAGGCAAAAAGAAACCACUGAAGGCGCCCAAGAAACAGUCUAAGGACAUGGAUGACGAUGAUGUCGCCUUCAAGCAGAAACAGAAGGAAGAACAGAAGGCCCUGGAGGCGUUGAAGGCCAAAGCUUCAGGAAAAGGACCUCUAGGCUCCAGUGGCAUCAAGAAAUCCGGCAAGAAGUAAGAUCUGAAUCUGACAACGAUGUUUGUCUGCUCCCCGGCCUCGCUUCCUGUGUCUGAGAUGUGUGUGUGCUCGCUGAGAAGACUCCCCAUCAAACUCAGAAACCUGCCCUGGUGUUGACCCACUCCACCAGUGAAAAUUAAUUACAUUUGAGAAUUUUAAGGACCAGGAAUAGCUGUUGACAGUCAGGCCCAGUACACACAUCGUAACUCCCUAAUGGCAAGCAUAAUUAGAGGAUUAACACUCAGUUACACUCACUGACUAAAAUCUUCAAAUCUAGUCUAGAAAUGAAGGUCUGCAGAUUUAGAAAUGAAAAGAAACAUCCUAAUUGCCACCAUAUCUUGUUUUGUGUCCAGAAACACAUCACAAAGUUCUUUUUUCUUCUGAUUUUUGUUGUAUUGUAAAGAGGGAGAUACUAAUAAAAAAAAUUUUUUUUGUAA